GGCGGAGUGAUCUUAUUGCUCAGCGAAAACCUAUAUAAAAGGAGGUCGCGGGCAGCUGCGCAGCUAGAACAAAUCGCCUCUCCUCGCCUGGAAUUUGCUGUCUGCUUGGACCGGCUCGAGCUCUGCGAGAAAAUGCAGAUCUUUGUGAAGACCUUGACGGGCAAGACCAUCACCUUGGAGGUGGAGCCAAGUGACACCAUUGAGAACGUCAAGGCCAAGAUUCAGGACAAAGAAGGCAUUCCCCCUGACCAGCAGAGGCUGAUCUUUGCUGGCAAGCAGCUGGAAGAUGGCCGCACCCUGUCUGACUACAACAUCCAGAAGGAGUCCACCCUCCACCUUGUGCUGCGCCUGAGGGGAGGCAUGCAGAUCUUUGUGAAGACCUUGACAGGGAAGACCAUCACCUUGGAGGUGGAGCCAAGUGACACCAUUGAGAACGUCAAGGCCAAGAUUCAGGACAAAGAAGGCAUUCCCCCUGACCAGCAGAGGCUGAUCUUUGCUGGCAAGCAGCUGGAAGAUGGCCGCACCCUGUCUGACUACAACAUCCAGAAGGAGUCCACCCUCCACCUUGUGCUGCGCCUGAGGGGAGGCAUGCAGAUCUUUGUGAAGACCUUGACAGGGAAGACCAUCACCUUGGAGGUGGAGCCAAGUGACACCAUUGAGAAUGUCAAGGCCAAGAUUCAGGACAAAGAAGGCAUUCCCCCUGACCAGCAGAGGCUGAUCUUCGCUGGCAAGCAGCUGGAAGACGGCCGCACCCUGUCUGACUACAACAUCCAGAAGGAGUCCACCCUCCACCUUGUGCUGCGCCUGAGGGGAGGCAUGCAGAUCUUUGUGAAGACCUUGACAGGGAAGACCAUCACCUUGGAGGUGGAGCCAAGUGACACCAUUGAGAACGUCAAGGCCAAGAUUCAAGACAAAGAAGGCAUUCCCCCUGACCAGCAGAGGCUGAUCUUCGCUGGCAAGCAGCUGGAAGACGGCCGCACCCUGUCUGACUACAACAUCCAGAAGGAGUCCACCCUCCACCUUGUGCUGCGCCUGAGGGGAGGCAUGCAGAUCUUUGUGAAGACCUUGACAGGGAAGACCAUCACCUUGGAGGUGGAGCCAAGUGACACCAUUGAGAACGUCAAGGCCAAGAUUCAAGACAAAGAAGGCAUUCCCCCUGACCAGCAGAGGCUGAUCUUUGCUGGCAAGCAGCUGGAAGAUGGCCGCACCCUGUCUGACUACAACAUCCAGAAGGAGUCCACCCUCCACCUUGUGCUGCGCCUGAGGGGAGGCAUGCAGAUCUUUGUGAAGACCUUGACAGGGAAGACCAUCACCUUGGAGGUGGAGCCAAGUGACACCAUUGAGAACGUCAAGGCCAAGAUUCAAGACAAAGAAGGCAUUCCCCCUGACCAGCAGAGGCUGAUCUUUGCUGGCAAGCAGCUGGAAGAUGGCCGCACCCUGUCUGACUACAACAUCCAGAAGGAGUCCACCUUGCACCUGGUUCUACGUUUAAGGGGUGGCAUUUAAACUUGCUACUUACAACCACCCAAGUAAACCUCACUGCACUUUGUUUCAUUAAAGCUGUUGCAUUCCCAAA